AUGAAGAGUCGGUUUUCCACUAUAGAUAUAUUUGCGGUGGUUCAUGAGCUGAAACGGUUGGAAGGGUUGAGAGUGGUCAAUAUCUACGAUAUCGACUCAAGAACGUACUUGAUUAAGUUCCAGCAUCCUGGCGAAAAAUGUUUCAUACUUUUUGAGUCGGGGACGAAGAUUCACGUAACAAAACACGAAUGGGCAAAGGCACAGUUCCCGUCUUCGUUCAGUAUGAAGUUACGGAAGCAUAUAAAGCAGAAACGGCUUAGUAAUGUACAGCAGCUGGGUAUUGAUCGAGUAGUUGAUCUGCAGUUUGGAAGUGACGAAUUUGCAUGCCAUGUGGUAGUUUCCUUUAUAAAGUGCUUUGGUCAAGAUUCACCAAAGUUUGAGACUGGAGUUCGUCGUUUUUUCAGGUAUCCUUUGGAAAACGCUCGACAAAAUGUAUCGUAUCCUGAUUCAUCAGCUAUCGAGGAAGUUUUAAAAAGAGCUAAAAGUGGCGAACCACUGAAAAGAGUCCUUGCAAUGUCAACAAGUUUUGGUCCAUCUCUGUUGGAACAUUGUUUAAUAUCGUCAGGCUUUGAGAGGAACGCAAAGGCUUAUGAACCAUCGUCUCUCAGCCGAAUUAUGGUUGUGUACAAGCUAGCUUCUGAAAUAUUUGAAACAUUAAGGAAAAUUCCUUGCAAAGGUUACCUAAUAUUCGUAACAAAAACUCGACCAGACGGAUCAGUUUUUGAAAAUUAUGAGGAAUUUCACCCAUUUCCUUUUGUACAGUUUGCACCUUCAAAUGUGCGCGAAUUUGAUUCAUUUUCCGAGUGCCUUGAUGAGUUUUUUGGCAGUUUUGAAUCACAGAAGGCCGACCGAAAGGCGAUUCUUCUCGAACGUGAAGCUAUGAAGAAGCUGGAGAAUGUGAAGAAGGAUCAUGAAAGGAUUUGGGCUGCAUUUAAACUUUUUCAGGAACGCAUUCGCUCUCUUACUCAAUCUCGUACAGAAAAAGAAGAACUGGCAAAUUUGUUAGAGCUGAACUGUGAAGCAGUAGAUAGAGCUUUGCUGGUAAUCCGGUCAGCAAUUGCAAAUCAGAUGACUUGGGAAAUGAUAGACGAGAUGAGGAUAAAAGCGAGCGAAGCUGGUGAUACUGUUGCAAUGAUGAUAAGCAGCCUUGAUUUGAACUCUAAUGCAAUGACUCUUUCUCUAGGAGAUCCAUAUGACGCAGAAGCUCCGACUAAACAGGUAACGAUUGACAUUGGUCUCUCAGCGUAUCAGAAUGCUCGUAAAUUGCACAGUGAGAAAAAACUCGCCGCUGAUAAAGAACAAAAAACUCUUCAAUCUUCCGCAAAAGCUUUACAAUCUGCACAGUUAAAGACCAAGGAGUUCUUGAAAACGGUUCAAGUUAAAACUGAUAUUGCGAAGUCGCGGCAGUUAAUGUGGUUUGAGAAAUUUUAUUGGUUUAUCAGUUCUGAGGGGUAUUUGGUAAUCGGUGGACGUGAUGCUCAACAGAAUGAACUUCUCGUAAAAAGGUACUUACGUCCGGGUGAUAUUUAUGUUCAUGCUGAUGUGCGAGGAGGUUCCUCCAUUGUAAUUCGUAAUAAAACAAAAAAUUUUGAUAUACCCCCAAAAACAUUGAAUGAAGCAGGUGUUAUGGCUGUUUGUUAUUCUUCUGCUUGGGAAGCAAAGAUAUCUGCAUCUGCAUGGUGGGUCUACAACUAUCAGGUUUCUAGAACAGCACCAACGGGAGAGUACCUCCCGUCAGGAAGUUUUAUGAUUCGUGGCAAAAAAAAUUAUCUUCCGACCUGCCAACUACAAAUGGGUUUUGGUUUGUUGUUUAAGCUAGAUGAAUUUUCUUUCGAAAAACGUCAGACUGAUUUCGAAAAGAAAGGAGAGGAAGCAGUAACCGAAGUUGCUGAAGCAGAGAGAGAAGAUGCGGAUGUGGAAUUAUCUUUAGAACAAGGUAAUGAAGAAGAUGAAGAGGCCAAGGAUUCUGAUGAAUAUCCUGACGUAGAGAUUAACCUCGAUGAGAUCCUAAUCCGAAACGGAGUUGACGAGGACGGAGAUUACACAAUACUCCAAAUUGGUCCUAGCGCUCCAAAAAAUUUGGUUAAGAAUGAAGUUGAAGGGCAGUUUCAUAAUAAAGUGAACGGAACAAAAGAUAAUGAAGUAAAGAAAAAUCGCCCAAUGACAAAGCGUGAGAAGCAUAAGGCGGAAAAGAUAAAAAAGAAGUAUCGUGACCAGGACGAUGAAGAGCGUGAGCUUCGGCUCAUGUUGUUGGCUUCAAAACCAGCAGAAAAGAAUAAAAAAGAAGCGAAUCCCACGUCGCGUCCUGCGAAAUUCAUUGCCACGUCUAAUGUAAAGGAAGAAAAAUUGGACGAAAGAGAGUCCGCUGUAGAACCCGAUGUCAAAAAAAAGUUUAACAACAAGAAACCAGUACCAAAUAAGGUAGGAGUUAGUGAGGAAAAUGAGAGCGACAACGAGCUAUUUGUUGCGGAACAAGACGACACGAAGAUGCUGAAUUCCCUAACCUGGCGACCUCACCCAGAGGACGUUCUUUUAUAUGCCGUUCCGAUGGUGGCACCUUACAGUGUAAUGCAGAAAUUCAAAUUUAAAGUUAAGCUUACUCCUGGCAAUGGAAAGAAGGGGAAAGCUGCAAAGAGCGCCAUCGCAUUGUUCCAGGUGAAAAUUUAA